CCCUAGAGGGUAGAGGGAAAGAGAAGGAAAAAGAGAAGACGACCUGGAGAAAGUGCAAGUGGAUAACAGAAAAUCAAACGUUUCCUUCAAUGGCGUCUUCUCUAUUUACUUCGUCUCCAAAAUUUCAGAUUAUCCUGUUCAAAAACCAACCUGGUCAACUCCAUAGAUGGCAAUUUUUACGUGCACAUUCCCACCGCUCUCCCACACCCUUCAUGAAAAUAACAAAUUCCCAGUUUGGCAAAACCAACAAGGUCAAUUUGCAAUUUAGUAUUGCCAAGGAGAGGUUGUGGGUGGCUACCCCUGACCCUGUAAAAGAGUUUCCUUGGAGAAAGGCAGGGGAUGUGCUGCUAAAGCGAUUACUGUUUAUUGGACAGGCAGCACUGAAAUGGUCCCUCAUAACAAUCUUCAUUUUUAGCUCUGUAUCAGAUGUCAUAUUUUCCAUCUCUAGAAACCAGGAGUUGAUGAUUCCUGUUGGUCUUCUUAUUGGCUGUUUGAUAACUGAUUAUUUGAAAGAAAUACUGCAGGAAAUGUUACAGGCCAGUGAGGAUAAGGGAUUGAACAUACUCCUUGUGAGUAUCAGUUGCUUCUUUGUUCUUGUUAAGGUCAUCUCUGCAUAUUUUGCAGCACGCACACAAGUGUUUCUUUUGCAUGUUGCAAAUGGCGGGUUGCUGCAAGUUUUAUGGUUGUGGAGACAGCUAUUGAAAGAAAAUGAUGAUAGAAACAAAGAGAAUUUCUUCACAGGUGACCAAGAUUCCUCAUUAGCAGCUGGUGCUAAGGAAUAAAGCCAAUACUAUUCUUUACUUCUGUAUAUUGAACAUCUCUGUAAUUGUAUCCGGUGUUGAACCAUAUGUUCAUGGAAUGAGAUUUACCAAAUUAUUCAGAGGAUUGCA